AUGAUCCGCUUCUUCGGGCUGAUCCUUCUGUUUUCUGUCGACGCGGCUCACCACCAGUAUAAAGACGGCGAGUCCGUGCCCGUUUUUGUCAACAAAGUCGGCCCUUACUUCAACCCUCACGAGACGUACCACUACUACUCGCUGCCAGUUUGUCGACCAGAUGAGAUCAAGCACCGUCCCCUUACUCUUGGGGAAGUUCUUGAUGGAGAUCGAAUGGCCUACUCUCUCUACGAUAUUCGAUUCAAACAGAGUGUCAGCAAGAAGACUCUCUGCUCAGUAACGCUAGAAACGGAGGAUAUUGAGAAGCUCAAGCAAGCGAUUAGAGAGCUGUAUUACUUUGAAUUUAAUAUUGACAACCUUCCUGUUCGCGGGUUUAUCGGCCACUUCGAAGAAUCGGGUCUCAUUCCCGUCCCUCAUGUAGAGCGUUGCUAUCUCUGGAGCUCCCUUCAUUUUACCUUCACUUACAACAGCCAUAGCAACAUGAUCAUCAGCGUCAACGUCUCCACGGCUGGUACCCACCCCAUUUCUCUCGAUGAUCAUGAUGCGCCUCUGAAUGUUGAAUUCUACUACUCCACUGAAUGGAUUGAAACGACAGACACAAUUUCCAUCCGUGAGAAACAGAAGGGAUCGUUUUUCCCAAAGACGUUGGAGAUUCACUGGCUAUCUGUUAUAAAUUCCGUCGUUUUGGUCGUUUUGCUCACUGGAUUCAUUGUCAUUAUUCUCAUGCGAUUGCUAAACACGGAUUUCUCGAGAUACAACAAAGAAGAUAGCCUGGACGACGAACUAGCGAUAGAAGACGAGUGCGGAUGGAAAGUCAUUCAUACAGAAGUUUUUCGAUUUCCGGGAUACAUAAGCUUGCUCUCUGCAGUUUUGGGAGUUGGAACGCAGUUCUUGGCGAUGGCCUGUGGAAUUUUAAUCAUGGCUCUUUGCGGGGUCUUCAAACCUGGCCAUGGAGGAGCUAUUCAUACGUAUUCCAUCAUUUUGUAUUGCAUUACUUCAAGCAUCGCUGGAUAUGUCUCGGGCUCCUUUUACCGAAAAUUCGGCGGCCAAAACUGGGUGCGAAACAUCAUCAUGACGGCCUUUCUCUUUACCGGUCCAUUCUUUACAAUUUGGUUUACGAUAAACUGCACUCACUGGUACGCUGGCUCCACGCAAGCACUGCCGUUUACAACGAUCCUGCUCCUGAUGCUAGUGUAUAUUCUAGUGGGCUUUCCACUGACAGUUCUUGGGGGCAUUAUUGCAAGAAAUACGACAAGUGAUUUUGACAGCCCAUGUAGAACGAGACCGAUUCCCAGGCUCAUUCCUCCACAGCCGUGGUAUACGAAUUUCAUCUGCCACUGCUUCUUUGGCGGCUUUUUGCCCUUUUCCGCGAUCUCUGUGGAGAUUUACUACAUUUUCGCCACCGUUUGGGGGCGAGAGCAAUACACACUUUACGGUGUCCUUCUGCUCGUGUUCAUCAUCGUUUUGUCUGUAUCUGCCUGUAUUUCGAUAGCGCUGACUUACUUCCAGCUCUCAUCAGAAGAUUAUCGCUGGUGGUGGAGGAGUAUUUUCUCCGCUGGAAGCACCGGCAUUUUCGUCUUUUUCUACUCUUGUUUUUAUUAUUUACGCCGUUCGAACAUGUCCGGAGCUGUCGAAACUGUCGAGUUUCUUGGUUACACUGCCCUCAUGUGUUAUAUUUUCUUCCUGACGCUUGGAACAAUUGGUUUUGGAGCGUCUCUGAAGUUCAUCCGCUACAUCUACGUCAAUUUGAAGAUGGACUGA